UAUAGGCGGCAGCGUGUGGGGGAAGUGUCCUGCCAUAAACAGAAUGGGUUGGAGGGAGAAAGAAGAUUUAACACCAGUAUCUGUCCUUCAAUGAGCUCCAGCGCAAGAGAGACACCUACUGGUGCUAAAUCUUCUUUCUCUUUCUAUCAAGCGGACGCAUACAUGCAAACCAUCCCCACUCUAUUUAUAUUACCUCUAUGGCUUUUUCAGUUGUGACGUCAGAGUCGAUUUCAGGUGUGACGUCAAAUAGCUGCACGGAGAGAAAAAUCAAGCGUUUGUAAUCCGUUCGAGGAUGCCACCUUGAAGGCAGCUGAAGCAGGUGAAAUGGAGAAAUUAAAAGACUUGAUAAAUUCAAAUAAAGAAUUAGUGAAAGCAGUAGAUAAAGAUGGUUACACUCCUCUUCAUAGAGCCUGUUAUGGAAAUCACGUAGAGGUUGUAAAGUAUUUACUGGAAAGAAAUGCACCGAUUGAUGCAGAAACUCUGGAUGGAUGGCAGCCACUACAUUCUGCUUGCGUUUGGAACAACAUUGAUUGCAUUUCACUUUUGAUUCAACAUGGAGCUGAUGUGAACGCUUUGAGUAAAGGCCAACAAACGCCUCUACAUUUAGUGUCGGCCAGCUCUCACAAUUCGCCAGGUCUUCAGCUUCUUCUUCUGCAUCCUGACACCAAUCCUCAUCACGUAAAUGCAAGUGGCGACACUGCAGAGAAAAUUGCUCAACGAACUGGAAAAUAUUAUUCUCUCUAUGAAAUCAUUCAGCCUUGCCUCAAUGAUAUAUGAAAUCUGCAAAUCUAUAUUUUGUUUCGAAAUAAAAUCUAAUAUUUUACUGUCAAUGGAUAGAAUAACGGCGCAUGAAAUUCUAACGGCCGCUCUAGUUAGCUUCUGAUAUCCAAAAAUUAACUUCUAAACAAUUUUUUUAAUUUAAUUUUUGGAUGUCAGGAGCCAACUAAAACGGCCAUCAGAUAUUUAUAUGUAGUUAUACUAUCCGGUGGUUGAAAUAAUAGUUUUUCAGUAAAACACGACUGAGUUGAGUGAACAACGCGCUAGACUUUAAAGAUACA